AUGUCUCUGGAUCAUAGCUUACAUGGGUAAAAUUGUACAUGUGAUGUAGAUCAAAUAAUUUAUCAACAGUUGUAAAUGUCAACUAGGUUUCUAGUUCUACCCUUCACAUGGAAGAUGGGACACUGAAAUGCUGAUCAUUUAUUGGACAUCAUCUCCUGACAGGAAUCCAACCGAGAAUAUCUAAUUUGUUCUCGGCCUCCCUCUAAGACCUUCUCCAAACAGAAUGGAGGGAUAUAGGGUUUCUCCGAUGGCAGCUCUUCUCUUCAUUGCGGCUUUAUUGGCUGCUUCUUGCAUACCAUCUGAAGCAGCUUUCUCCAAAGGAUCUUUUGAAGACAAUUUCAAUAUUAUGUGGUCAGAGGAGCAUUUCAAAACAUCUGAAGACAGGCAGAUCUGGUACCUUUCCUUGGACAAGGAAACAGGUUGUGGAUUUCAAACAAAGCAGAGAUACAGAUUUGGGUGGUUUAGUAUGAAGCUAAAACUGGUUGGAGGUGAUUCAGUUGGUGUAGUGACAGCUUAUUAUAUGUGCUCAGAGAAUGGGGCAGGACCAACAAGGGAUGAGUUGGAUUUUGAGUUAGGGAAUAGAACCGGACAGCCAUAUUUGAUACAGACAAACGUAUACAAAAAUGGAACUGGUGGGCGUGAGAUGAGGCACAUGCUUUGAUUCGAUCCUACUGAGGAUUUUCACACCUAUUCCAUCCUCUGGAAUAACCACCAGAUUGUGUUCUUUAUAAAUAGAGUUCCCAUAAGAGUGCACAAGAACAAUGGAGAGACUAACAAUUUCUUCCCCAACAAGAAGCCCAUGUACCUAUUCUCGAGCAUUUGGAAUGCAGAUGAGUGGGCCACAAGAGGUGGGCUAGAGAAGACAGACUGGAAAAAGGCUCCAUUUGUGUCCUCUUAUAAGGACUUCAAUGUGGAUGGUUGCCAAUGGGAAGACGCGUACCCUGCUUGCGUAUCAACCACCACCAAGAAUUGGUGGGAUCAAUACCAAGCUUGGCAUCUUUCUGAUUCGCAGAAAAUGGAUUAUGCUCGGGUCCAGAGGAACCUUGUCAUCUAUGAUUAUUGCAAAGACACUGAGAGGUACCCAACACUGCCAGUAGAGUGCUCUUUGAGCCCAUGGGAUUGAAAUUGAUGACCAAUUGAACCUGUGAUCAAUUUUUUCUUCUUUUACUAUUUUUAUUCCUUUUUAUUUGUAUAUUUUGAGAUGAGUUUAAAAUGCGUAUUUUUUGUCC